GUCCUUGAAUUGUCAACGUCAAGUUUGGAGUUUGGCGUUUCUUGUUUGUGUUUUGCUUGAAUGAAAAAUUUGUGUUUUUGAUUCGGAGAGAUUUAAAAACGAAUAGAAAUCGUCAAAUACUAAGUAGAAUCCCUUAAUAAAAAUGGAAAACCCGGAAGAAGUACUGCAUAGUUUAGAACAAUUCUCAAAAUUCAGGCCAAAGGACAUUCCUAGAGAAUUAGAAGAAUAUUUAUGUUUUGUUGCUAAAACUGGUGAUCCAGUUUACCAGUGGUCAACAAUCAAACAUUUAUUGAGGGAGAAACUCAUCAACGUUGUGACUGAAUUUUAUGAAUCGUGUUCUUUACUUGAUAUCCAACCAUGCAAAAACGUAGAAAAAUUUGAUUACGACAUCAUGAAGUCUUUUAUUUUAGAGAGAUUAGAUACAUUUGUCUCUGCACCGUUCACAGUACAAAGAAUUUGUGAACUCCUCACGACUCCUCGAAAAGAAUAUAAUAGGAUAGACAAAUUUAUGAGAGCUUUGGAGAAAAAUGUUUUGGUAGUAAGCACUGUUGAACCUGGUAUGAAGAAUGCAGAAAAUGGGGACAGCAUAGUAAAUGGUUUAGAAUCUGAUGAAAUACCUGAAAAUAGGAACUGUAGCACUGAAAUUAUUGUUGUAGAAAUGGAAGAAACAACUUGGCAUAAAACAGAUGAAGCAGAACCAAUGCAGUUUCAGAGUGAAGAAGAUUCAUCAGCUGCCGAAGUUCAGGACUCUAUAAUGUCUGAAGCAGAGGACUCUGUGAAAGAAACUGUUCCAGAAACUGCUUGUAGCUCUUCUCAAGAUGCAGAUCCUACUACAGAAGAUCAGAAAAUAAUUGAAAGUGAAAGAGUUGAACCUAUGAACACAUUUAUUGAAGAAUGCAGCGAGAGUAUAGCUUCUAAGGAUGUGGUUGAAGAUCCACUGCCAGCAACAGAAAUAGAGAAUGAACUCAAUUCUGAGCCUGUUGAUUCAUCAGAUAUUUCAAAUGAAGUUGCAGAUACUGAAGUGGUUAGCUCUGUUGAUUCAAAGAACUCUGAUGCUCCUUCUGAAGAGUCUAAAAUAAGUGAAGAUACACAAGAAGAUCAUCUCAAACAGGCGGACUCAACAACUAGUUUAAAAUCACCCCAAAUGGAUGAAGUUCCUACUGAUUGUCAACUUGAGUCCAACUCUGUUGAAGCGCAACAAAUAUGUGAUAUUCAAGAGGUCCAAAAUACAAUAGCAAGUUCAGAAAAUUACAAUGCGAAUACAGAUUCGGAUUCAAACCAAAGCUCUGUUUCAACAGAACCUGAUACAGUUAACGAAGCACAAUUGAGUGAGAAUAGUUCAAGUGAAGCUAAAGAAAUAAUAAGUAAUGAAUCUGAAGAAAGCAUAAUUUACCACGAAGGACUGAACUCUGCUCAAGCUGACACAACUAGAGGUUAUGAAAAAUCAGUGAACACUUUCCAGAACAAAAUUGAAGAGAAUAAAGAUGAAGAAAUCACUUCAUCUGAUAAGGUUGUAGUAGCUAUCCCAAACACUUCUGUUGAUGAUAUAAGUGAUGAUGAAGCAGAGGCUGAAGUACAGAAGAUUGAUAUUCCAGAAGAGACUCAACAAGGGGAUAUCCCCUUAGUCACUGAAACCCCAGAAAAUGAUUCCCAGGUAACAGCAAGCAGUGAUGAAGUGACAAAAGACUUAGAAUCAAUAUCUUCAGAGUUAGAUAGAAAAGACAAAGGAGAUUUUAAUGAGGCUGAAGCAACUCCAGAAUCCAUUUGAGUUUUGUAUAGCUUGUAACGUGUGAGUUUAUUCUACGAUCUAAAUUUAAAUGAAGAUAUGCUGUAGAGAUUUGUGGUAAUUUGUUUUUUCUUCUUUUUUCAUCAAACAGCUAUCAGAGUUUGAAGGACUAUUCUGCCACUUCAUUGUGUUAAAUUCCAUAUUUAAGAGAAAUUGAUAGUGAAAUUUAUACAUUCAAUGAAAUUAUUUGGAAAACAAAAA